AUGAAUGAAGUAUUUUGCACGAUUGAAGACUUAGGAUUAAAAGCAUUUUAUCAGGAUACAGAUUCGAUGCACAUUUACAAUGAAGACAUACCAAAACUCGCUGCAGAGUUUAAGAAGAGAUAUGGUCGCGAACUUAUUGGAAAGAAUUUAGGUCAGUUCCAUUCCGACUUUGCAGAAAUCACAAAAGAUAAACAAAGUUUAGCUUACAAGUCGAUAUUUUGUGGAAAGAAGACUUACAUUGACUUACUCACUAAUGAUUUAAAUGAAGUUGCAUUUCACUGCAGAAUGAAAGGCGUAAAACAAGAUGUUAUAGCUUUAACAGCAAAUGAAAUGUUUCCUGAAGCAGUUAAAUGCGUUUAUGAUGAAGAUAAAGGAUUAAUGAUUCCUCAGGGAAAAUAUGAUAAAGAUAGUGAGUUUUCAGUUAUGAAAUUAUAUGAAGCCCUUCACGAUGGUCAGGAAAUCGCAUUUGAUUUAUGCAAAUCAACAGCACCCUGUUUUGAAGAGAAGUUUAACUUUUCAAUAACGACUAAAAAUACUUUCAUAAGGAAAUUAAAGUUCUGA